AUGGCCAUGACAUACCAAGAACUCAUCUCUGCUCCUCGACCACAAGCUGGGAUUCCUUCUCCUGAUGGAUCACGAAUCAUCAAUAUCGUUGAUCAGUGGGACGAGGAACGUCAGGAAUUGAUCCGGAAAAUCUUCCUGAUACCUCUUUCUCUUCCCGACAAGCGCGAUAUGACAGGACCUCAGGACGUUAGUUCUUGCUCAAUGCCUAAACCCACAUUACUCUUCACAUGCACCUCCAACGAAGCCAAAUCGUUCUUUUGGCUCUCCGAAAUCAACAUUGCUUACUUCUCAGGAUCAACUAUCAAGUACAUCAACUUACCAACAUCUGAGAAACUCAGUCAAUUUGAUGGUGGCUCAAUCGCUCACAAGGACUUACUGACUUUUCCGAAAGCGAUCAAUGCGUCUUUCCUCGCUUUUGAACAGCAGACUGGUCUUUUAGCGUUCAGAGCACAAGUAUGGGAGACCCAAGGAGACUUUGAGGGUACUAAGGAGGAUCAAAAUAACUCUCAAGAAAAGGGAUCCGGGGUAAGAUACGAUGAGUUAUUCGUCAGGUACAAAGACAAGUGGCGAAUCCCGGGUAAGGUCUAUACAAUAGGGCUUGUAAGAUUAAUUAGAGAAGGUGAAGUUCGGUCAUUGGGUGAGAUUGAUGGACAGAAGUAUAGGAAUGUACUUAAAGGUACAGGUCUGUAUUCUCAAAUACCCAGUUUCUCAUCAAAUACAAUCUCCUUAAAUCGUUCCCACUUAAUCAUUGCUACCAAACCACCUCGACUCAGUCCAGCCAUUCACACAAGAAUGGACAUCUACGCUUUUCCUCUAAAUACCGACCAAAACAGUCCAUGUACGGGGUUACCAAUUAACCUAACUCCAGGCCAUAAUCAUGGCGAAAUUGAUUAUGUAUCUUCGUCAGGAGAUGGACAAAAAAUAGUUUGGACAGAAAGAGAAAUAGACGGUGAUGAAGCUUCUAAACGAUCUGUUUUCACUUGGGAUUUCACGGAGGGUAUGAAGACAAAAUGGGUAGAGAAAUGGGAUGCUAGUCCAAGUGAAGUGCAGUUUUUCAAAGAUAGAAAUUCCCUUUAUUGGCUUUCAGAAACAAAAGGUCGUAUCUUACCGUACUUUAUACCUGGUCCAAACUCAGAACCUAUUGCUCUUCAUCAUCAGGGAGUUACUGAUUCUUUGACACCGUUGAAUGAUCAUACUGUGUUAAUCAGUAAAAGUGACAUGUUCAACCCAAUUCAUGAUUAUAUACUUUAUCUUCCCUCAGACAUCGCUUCAGAACCGGGAAGAAGAGUAGGCAUGGUACAGUUGACAGAUUGGUCCUCCGGUUUCCUCGGAGACAAGCUUGAUGACCUGAAAUUGGAGGAGUACUGGUUCAAGGGCGUAGAUGAGAGACAGGUAAUGGGCUGGACAGCAAAGCCGAGAGGAUUUGAUGAGGCUAGAGAAGCGAAAAAAGUCUUUCCAAUGGUAAGUCCUAGGCUUCUCGGUAUCUUUCCUUGGACUCUCGCUAAAGACGUAGCCCACCGGGUGGAUCUCAGUGGCGGACCUCAAAGUGCAUGUCGAGAUAUAUGGUUAAUCCGAUGGAACCUUCUCUUAUAUGCCUCGUAUGGAUACUUUGUGCUUUCCAUCAAUCCCACUGGGUCCAUAGGGUAUGGUCAAGAGUUUGUCGAUAGAUUACGAUACGAAUUUGGAGGCCGUGACGUAGACGAUCUUGAAGAAGGAUACAAAGCUGUAUUAGCUGACUACCCUCAAAUCGACCCCGAAAGGACUGCAGCAUUGGGUCCAUCAUCAGGCGGACAGCUCAUUCACCGUAUCAAUGGAUGUAAUGAUAGAUUUGCAUUCAAAGCUUUGGUUUGUCAUGCUGGUAUAUACGAUGAGACCUCUAUGGCGUAUGAGACAGAUGAGUUGUGGCUUUCUUGCUGGAAUGACGGCAUCAAUCCGAACACCGACCAAUUUCAAGGAGGAAAAUACAACCCAAUCAACAAUGUCAACAGAUGGAAAACUCCCACACUCAUCAUUCACGGUGCGAAAGACUUCAGGGUACCACUCAGUCAAGCUAUCGGCGCUUUCACUGCUUUACAAUGGCGAGGCGUUCCUAGUCGAUUCCUGCAUUUGCCAGAUGAAGGCCACAAAUUCGAGAGACCGAACAAUGUCAAGCAAUGGUAUGCUGAAAUCUUCACAUUUCUGGAUGAAUGGAUUGGCCAUUGA